CACGAAACCAACAUGGCAGCGGCUAGGGCGCUCGCAAGAGUUGUCCGACUGCGAUCACAAAACAUCAGAAGUCCCAGUUUAAUACUUAACAGUGUGCCGAGACGAGGAAUAGCAGUUGCAUUGACCCCUCUAUAGGACUCACAGAUGAGCAGAAAGAAUUUCAGAAGGUGGCAUUUGACUUUGCUGCCAAUGAGAUGGCACCACAUAUGGCAGAAUGGGACCUGAAGGAAAUCUUCCCUGUGGAUGCCAUGAGGAAAGCUGCCCAGCUGGGGUUUGGGGGGAUUUAUGUGAACCCUGAAGUUGGCGGCUCUGGACUCUCUCAUCUGGACACCUCUAUCAUCUUUAAAGCAUUAUCCAAAGGCCGUGUCAGCACAACCGCUUACAUCAGCAUUCACAACAUGUGUGCCUGGAUGAUAGACAAAUUUGGUAACAAUGAGCAAAGGGAGAAAUACUGUCCUGAUCUCUGCUCUAUGCAAAAGUUUGCCUCCUACUGUCUCACAGAACCUGGUAGCGGAAUUGAUGCUGCAUCACUUUUAACCAGCGCAAAGCUCCAAGGAGAUCAUUAUAUCCUCAAUGGCUCAAAGGAAAUGCCUUGUUGAUGAGAGGUCAACGGAGAAUGGCCAGACUGGUUCGAACUGACAAAGUCUACAGUAACUCAGAUAACCGCUCUGUACAACUGUUGUGAGAGAAUGUUAUUCUGAGAUGCGGGUUGGCACUGUUUUGGUGGCAAGAGGGGGACCUACACAAUAUUAG